GAUUAUAUUUGAUAAUAAUAUGUCAAUAAAGUGAUUGACAAACUAUUUAAGUGAUGCCAUCGCCAGAAAAGAGGUCUUCAUCGGCUCCGCCCGAUAAUCGGCACAAUCGUGUUGAAGAUGACAGUGCUGUCAAUUAUCGGAGCUCUUCAAUGGAUAGAAAGGCUAACAAACAUCUGACGGUUGAAGUGAUGUUUUUAGACGAGUCAAGCAAUGCAUACAAAAUUACGCACAAAUCAAUGGCCAGAUCGUUGUUCAAUGAGGUCUGUGAGACAUUGAAUCUAAUAGAAGUGGAUUACUUCGGUAUCGAGUAUUUGGACUCAAAGGGAACCCGGUAUUGGUUAGAUUUGGAAAAACCGAUGUGUCGUCAGUUAUCCCUACCAUUGUCUACAGUAAGAGUAGUGAUGUAUUUUGCGGUCAAAUUCUAUGCGCCCGACCCGUCGCGACUGGAAGACGAGCUGACGCGAUAUCUUUUCAGUUUACAAAUUAAAAGGGAUUUAUCUGAAGGACUCUUAGUCUGCAAUGAGAACACUGCAGCUCUUAUGGCAUCUUAUAUAAUACAAUCCGAAAUCGGUGAUUACAAUUCAGACGAAUAUAUCGAUCAUCUUUAUGUCUCACGAUUUAAACUGAUCCCACAUCAAGACGAAGAAUUUGAAUGGAAAGUUAUGGAAAACCAUAAGAAACAUGUUGGUCAAUCUCCAGCAGAGGCUGAUUAUAAUUUAUUAGAAACUGCAAGACGUUGUGAAAUGUAUGGCAUAAAGUUAACUCCAGUUAAAGAUCAUGAAGGCGUACCAUUAAAUUUAUCGGUCGCUCAUUUGGGUGUAAUUGUGUUUCAAAAUCAAACAAAAGUCAACACAUUUUCUUGGGCUAAGAUUAGAAAAUUAAGUUUUAAAAGGAAACGAUUUUUUAUUAAACUCCAUCAAGAAGAAUACUUUGGAGAUGUGGUUGAGUUUCUGUUUGAGGGACGCAAUGAAUGUAAAAAUUUUUGGAAGAAAUGUAUAGAACAGCACUCAUUCUUCAGAUGUAUUGAAGUCAAGAGAGUGUCAAAACAAAAACCCAAAAUUUUUAGUCGCGGCUCUUCUUUUAGAUAUAGUGGACGAACACAACAGCAAAUUAUAGAAUAUGUUAAACAAAAUUGUGUUAAAAGACAACCAUUUCAAAGAUCAAAUAGUUUGAGAGCUUCUAAUGUAACCAAUCAAAGAAGUGAAACCGGAGACUCUUUACAACUAAUAACUUCAGGUUUACCGAGCAGUUCACAAAAUAUGUCGUCAAACGAUGCAAUAAGUCAACAAUUAACUGGUGAUGAGAGACCCAAAUCAGCUCAAGAAAGCGUUACUGAUGUUUAUUGUGCUAAUCUUCCGGUUACGCCUCCCAGCCCUCAAAGUGAAGAGCGAGCAAACACUAGAUCUUCAGGUUGGGAUUCAACUCAUUAUAUGAGUCGACACGGAUUUGUUACUCCAGAGUUAAUGGAUAACGAAACUGACGACAUAUCAAAUGACUCAUAUCUUGUCGAUAGAGAAUUUAAAUGUCUCUCUAAUAAAGUCUCGCAAAAUAAUUUCAACGAUGUUAAUCUUAAACUUAAUAAUCUCAAUGAUUUGUCAACAAAUAAUAGCCAAUUAAUACAAACCACAAUCAGUUCCUCAGUUAUCCCACAAUCCCCUCAUAAUUAUACCGCUAAUAGUAAUCAAAUGCGAAUUGAGUCAACUCUUGAUAGAGACCACCGAAGAAAUAAACUACGUCUCGAUAAGGAAUACUAUGUGUUUCGGGAGUUAGUUAUGUCUGAGAGGACCUACAAGAAAGACAUUGAACUUAUUAAUACUUGGUUUAAAGAAGAUGUCAGUAAAGAGACUACACGUCCGGCAGAAAUGCUGUCACUAUUGUUUUCAGCGACGGAACCACUCUUUGAAAUUCACGAAAAUUUUUUGCAUCAAAUUGAACACGUCUUAGCCGUUUGGGAGGAAAAAGCUUCUCAACAUUUAAACCGUACGAUUGGAGAUAUUUUAAAAGAUAUCAUUCAGUGGUUACCCCUAUAUGAGAGGCUAAUAGAGAGACUGCCGUUUAUAUUGGAAAGAAUUAACGCCAGUUUCCGUCAUAACAAAGACUUUGAACGCGUUUGUCGUGAUUUUGAGGCCCGAAAGGGGUGUUAUUUACCGUACACUUCAUUCAUUCUUAAACCUGCUUUUCAUAUCACACACUAUUUGCAAAUUAUUCAAAAAUUAUCUAAAUUUCAAGUCAACAAUAGUAGUGAAUAUGCGAAAUAUUUGUUUAUUAUGGAACAGUUAAAACAAUUCAAUGCCGAGUAUUUACUUACAUUGGAUUCAUUGAUCAAUUUAGUGAUUCUCAUUGAAUUACAACGAGAUAUAACAGGAAUGGACAAUAUUGUGCAAUCGGGUCGAAAAUUUGUUCGUCAGGGAUGUCUAUUGAAAUUAUCAAAAAAAGGAUAUCAACAAAGACUCUUUUUUCUAUUUUCCGAUAUCUUGAUAUAUGCGAGUCGUUCGGCUUCAGUUCAGUUUCAAUUCAAAGUUCACGGACACCUUCCUCUUCAGCAUAUUAUGGUUGAACCAACAGAACCUAAAUUAGGAGUUAAUUAUUGUUUUACUAUAUAUGCCGGCGAACGGGCUCUUAUGGUGGCCGCUAAUUCUGAAGAAGAGCGCAAUAUUUGGCUCAAAGAUCUGUCGGAAACAGCCAUCACUUUAUCCAAUAUCAACGGCAAUAACGAUUCGCUAUCUUUUAUACCAACAAUAAUAUCGUCAAACGAACUCUUGGAUAAAAUAGAUAACGCCUUAAGUCAGAAAUGGAUUCAAAAGUCUGAAAAUGUAUCGCAAAUUGAAAGCAUAGAUAAGUUUCACUACAGGUCUAACACUAUGGCUCACGUGUGUUGGCACAGGAAUUGUAGUAUAAGUGCUGCAGAGUAUGAACACGCGUUAACUAGUUGUUUGAGUGGAUAUCUAUUGAGAAAGUUUAAGAACAACACCGGUUGGCAAAAGCUUUGGGUUGUCUUCACUCACUUUUGUUUGUUUUUUUACAAGUCGUGUCAGGACGACUUUCCUUUAGCCAGUCUUCCUAUUAUUGGAUACACAGUCAGUAUACCGACUGAAAGCGAUAACAUAAACAAGAAUUAUGUGUUUAAAUUGCAAUUCAAAACUCACGUCUAUUUCUUUCGGACUGAAAGUGAAUAUACUUUUAGGCAAUGGAUGGAAGUCAUCAAAACCUCAACAAUUAACUCUGAAUUAUCUCAACAAACGAUGCAAUAA